AUGUCCCAGGUUGAUAUUUAUUUAUUACAGAAUCUAAGAAGAAAAGGUUUAAAAUGUGUGUUUUGUGGGAAGUAUUUUGAUAGUAAGAAAGAGAUACAUGAACACCAAGGCCUACAAUUGUUAUUUAAAUGUGGCCAUUGUCCUCAAUCAUAUGAUGAAUUAUGUAAAUUAAAUAAACAUAUUAAAAGGGAACAUAAUUCAAACCAAGUAUACAAAUGUAAUGUCUGUUCACAGAUAUUUAUCAGAGCUACUGAUAUAAAGACCCAUGUACAAGAACAUACAAGAAUAAAGCAGGCAUAUACCUGUGGUGUUUGUGGCUUGAAUCUUUGUUCAAGUCAUCUGCUAUCGGAACAUAUAGAAAAACAUUGGGGAGGAGACACAUAUUCUCAUACUUGUAACACCUGUUAUCAGAUAUUUCCUAACCAUAUAGAACUACAGAAUCAUAUCUUAUUAAUGCAUUCUCUGGAAGACACAUAUGAAUGUUUCUAUUGUAAACAAGUCUUUUCACAAUCAUGUACUUUAGAAGUACAUAUGAAGAUGCACAUUGGGCAACAGCUUGACCAUAUUUGUGAUGUAUGUGGCGAAAUUUUUCCUAGUUCUAUACCUCUUCAUGUACAUAGAAAAGUCUUUCACGGAGAACGACCUCACAAAUGUGAAGUUUGUGAAGAAACAUUUCAAUUAAAAAUCUCUUUAGAUAAACAUUUUGACAAGAAACAUUCAGGAAAACCAUAUAAAUGUGAUGUAUGUUUAAAAUUGUAUAGGAAAAUGAAUGCUAUUGAGAACCACAGAGAAAGACAUGUUAAUGCUACACCAUUGGAAUGUUAUACUUGUUCAUUAUGCUUUGAUAAUCCUGACACCAUGUUCAGACAUGUUAAAGCUAAACAUUGA